CCGGCCCUCUCCAACAGAUGUUAUCUUGACCAACUGCAAAUCGCGCAAAGCCAACGCCAAUUCAGGUUCAUUCGGGGGCCUGACAUAUACGAAGCGAUCCCAAGAAAAGGCCUAUCGAGGCAAUACCCCACUCCUAUUCUCCACGAUGAUUUCCAGAACCCUUUUUUGGGCAGGCUUCGGCGUCGCUGUCCGCUUCUGGCAACUCGGCCUCGAAAUGCGACCGUUAUUCAACCGAGGCUCUCUAUGGGCUUACCCUGUCUUUGCCGGAGUUGGUGGAAGUUUCGGAUACUGGUUACAAGGUGUCGACGAGAGACAAGUAGCAGUGUUGGAGGAGCGAAAACAAGCCCUUCUUGAGAAGAGAUCAAGGAAGGCGGCGAGGGAUGCACAGAAUGCGCAGGCCGCCGCAUGAAAAUAUAAACACUUUAAGAUACUUGACGUGCUUGGUUCAGUGUAUAUAUAAUGAGGAAUCAAGGGACGAAAAAGCUAUCAAGAGGGGCAAGUCAACAAGUCACUUACGGAUAAGGUAGACAGAGAAAUCCAAGAUGGUCAACGAGUUUGCAUUUCAUGCCUUAUGGCAAGGUCAUUACU